AGUAUAACUUAUGUAAUAUUUAUGAACUUCAUGCAAAUCGAUGUCUAAAUUUACAUUUGGCUCCUAUAAUAUACGUCCGGCGCCCGAGAAUAAAUUUAAAGCAAAUGAUGUGAAAAAGCAUAUUAAAUAUAAACUCAAUGAAGAACUUCGUGAUAAGGAAUACAAUGAGAAAGAGUUACCAAUUCUUACAAAUCAUUUGACAAGCGUUUUGUUACAAUUUCUCAAGGACUUAAAUCUAGAAAAAUACAAAUUUAUGGUGUCCGUGAUUAUCGCUGAGCAAAGGGGUCAGGGAUUAAAACGGUUUGUCUUCGCCCCCUCGUGCAGAGGUGUCAGCGCCAAGAGGUCUCAAAUGAGAAGUCACAACAACCACGGAGGAAUGAGUGAUGACUUAUCGCAAGAGAGACAUCCACUCGAAGCAGAUUUUGGAGAAUUGGCUCCAAUUGAGUCCCAAAGACUUACUAAACGUUUCACAGAUUUACUCAAAACUAGUUUAUUGAGAAGAAGCCGAUCUAAAGAUUCGACCCGUUAUAACUUAUUAUUGAAUUCUUUGGAUAAUCUGUUGGCAUCGGACGGUGUAGAGGACUAAAAGCACAUAAACACUAAUAUUAAAUUAAUAAUCAAAUGUUUAAAGGCUUUUGUUAACAGAAAAUCUGAAGGAUUUGUAAUAAUAAUAACAAUUAAUAAUUAAUAUGAUCUCAAAUGGAUUUUAAAAUCGUUGCGAAGUCUCAUUCAGACAACA